AUGGCUCCAAUAACAAUGGACUGUCUCCCCCUCCAACCCGUCCCCAUCUCCCUCCCCAAAGACGCACCAUCCCCAGACGAUACAGACACCAUGGGCCUCAGCAUCCCCGACGACUUCAAUGACGACGAGAUCCUUGCACGAAUCCACUUGAAGCUCGAACAUCUCGCCCGCCUCUACGCCUCAGGCAAGCCACUCUUCCCGCGCCAUCUCCUCGCUGACCUCGACGCGCAAAUCGACCAGGGAAACGAGGAAGUCCACAUCGACGACCUCGACGACGUCAGCCACACAUACAGCCUGAAAGUCCCAGCAUGGUGUUCUGAUUUCGAAAGAACAACCUACCGAAUCGGCUACAGCAGCAUCCAGAACCUCACUUGCAUCCACCCGUCCUUCCCCGAGAUCUCUCUCCGCGAUACAUCCCCCAUCAGCAUCUGCUACACGUCAUCAGCCGAGUACCCGCAGGCGCCGCUCCCGGAAGUGCAGGCUGCGUUCGCGGCCUCGAGACGCAAGUGGGAGGCCAGCGAGACGUGCGCAGCGCUGAAGAUGCAUCUCGCGCAGCUGGAGCGAAAGAUGGUCCGGCCGGUACGGAAGAUUGUUGCGUUUGGGUUGGGGACGCUUACGGGGCUGGAGGAUGAGUUUCAUUCUUCCAGGGCAUUGGCGCAGCAUGCGGCGCUGGGGAGUAUGGUCGAGGUUUUGGGGAGACGAAGAUUGCAGCAGAAUAGCCCCAGCCAAAUACCAAGCACAAACACCACUUCUAAUAUAAAGGUCUACGCUCAAGACCCCGCCUACACAGACGUGGACAUUGCCCUACUCCACAGCAUCGGGAUAACGCCACUGGACGACCCAAAGGGAUUUUUAGAAAUCGACGCCGAAACGCUCGUCUUCAGCGUGAGUCCCAACGUCCCCGUGAAACAGGUUGUCGCGGAUGUGUGCUGGCCCGCGGCCAUGAUCUGGAAUACGGUUAUGCCGGAGGAGAAGGAGAAUGUGCGCUGGGAGAAGCAGGUGCGGGGUGGGGAGGAGUUUUGGGUUGUGCCAUUCACGACAGAUCCGGACUCGGUGCGGGUGAGGAGGAUGGUUAGGGAGUAUACGAGCGUACCGCUGAGAGAUUCGAAUGAGUACUUUGGGGACAUGACUAUUUAUGUGCGAUAG